AUGGGUGGCAAAGCGGCCAAGAAAGCUGCUGGCAACGGGCGCGUCGUCGGGGUUAAUAUCAGUGCCCGCAUUCUCGGACAUGCCAGCCGAUACCUUGAGCAUGCUAGCCUGGGUGGCCAAAUCGCUGUACCAUUCAUCCCGUCUGAUAAGUGUGAAAGAUUUAACAAGAUUCUGGCCCUUUGGGACUUUGACGAUCUCGACGCCUAUGCACAUGCAGAGAUACAGUGUGGAGCAAUUGCCUCUCGCCUGGCGGAUCCAUCAUCAUCGACCAUUCCCACGACCAAGAAGAUACAGCAUCCUUCAGCCUCUAUUCCCCUGAUGGCUACGGCAACCUGUUUCCAACUCCAGGCUCAGCGCAUAUGGGAGAAACGAGGCAUCCAGAGAUCCAUGGCUCGGGAUUUCCUUCGAGCUUUGAUCCAGGAGCAGGUUGAAAGGGAAAACUUCGGCCCUAAUCAGAUAUGCUACCGCAAGUUGGUAAUCAUUGUGGGGGCCAUAGAAUAA